GGCCUGGGGUUGGCUGCCUGGCAAGAUUUGGAAAGGUGUUGCCCAGGAAGAUCAGUACUUUCUGCCAGUGGAAGGCCCUCUGGGAUCAGCAGGGCACAGUGCCUUCCUGGUGCCCACGGUGGACUGAUGAGUCGGAUGCAGAGGCCUCCAUGGCUGUGAUAAGCCUUCUGUUCCUGGCAGUGAUGUAUGUUGUUCACCACCCCUUGAUGGUCAGCGACCGGAUGGACCUGGACACACUAGCCAGAAGUCGGCAGCUGGAGAAGCGGAUGAGCGAGGAGAUGCGCCAGUUGGAGCUAGAGUUUGAAGAGAGAAAGCGGGCAGCUGAGCAGAAGCAGAAGGCAGAGAACUUCUGGAGAGGAGACACAUCCAGUGACCAGUUAGUGUUGGGGAAGCAAGACAUGGGGUGGCCAUUCCAGGCUGAUGGCCAGGAGGGCCCACUGGGCUGGCUGCUGGGAAACCUGUGGAAUGCUGGCCUCUUCUGCCUUUUUCUCGUCUUUGAGCUCCUGCGACAGAACAUGCAGCAUGAGCCGGCCUUUGAUUCCAGCAGCGAUGAGGAGGAGGAGGAAGUCCGUGUUGUGCCCGUCACCUCCUAUAACUGGCUUACUGACUUCCCCUCGAGGGAGGCCCUGGAAUCCUUUUACAAACACUACGUCCAGAAUGUCACCCGUGAUCUGUCCUGCACCUGCGAAUUCGUAGAGAGCUUUGUGGAUGACCUCAUUGAGGCCUGUCGGGUGCUCAGCCGCCGGGAGGCUCACCCACAGCUGGAGGACUGCCUGGGCAUCGGGGCUGCCUUUGAGAAAUGGGGAACCCUUCACGAGACUCAGAAAUUUGAUAUCCUGGUGCCCAUUGUCCCUCCACAGGGCACUAUGUUUGUGCUGGAGAUGAGGGAUCCGACCCUAGGCCGCCGCUGUGGCUCUGUGCUGGUGGAGUCGGAAUGUGUGUGCAAACGUGAGAAGAUUCUGGGGGACGUGCUGUGCCUGGUGCACCACCACAGGGAUCACUCGGCUCUCCUAAGCAAGUGUAGCAGCACCAUCAAGGUGGCUCUCUGCACUGGCUCCCACCUGGACGUGUGCAAGACAGUACAGUGGUUCCGGAACAUGAUGGGCAAUGCCUGGGCCCUUGUGGCCCACAAGUAUGACUUUAAGCUCAGCCUCCCACCGUCUACCACCUCCUGCAAGCUCAGGCUGGACUACCGCUCAGGCCGCUUUCUCUCGAUCCACUUGGUUCUGGGGGUGCAACGGGAAGACACGUUGGUCUACUUGGUGAGUCAGGCUCCUGACCAGGAACAGCUCACCAGUGUGGACUGGCCUGAGUCCUUUGCAGCCUGUGAACACUUGUUCCUGAAGCUGGUAGGGCGUUUUGCUCCGGAGAACACCUGCCACCUCAAGUGCCUCCAGAUCAUUUUAAGUCUCCGGGACCUUCAGAGCUUACCCCAGGGAGCAUCUCGUCCUAUCCUCACCUCUUACCACUUCAAAACGGCCCUCAUGCACCUGUUGCUGCGGCUGCCCCUAACAGACUGGCAGCACAGCAUGCUCUCCCAGCGGCUCCAGGACAUCCUCUGGUUCUUGGGCCGUGGCCUCCAGCAACGGUCCCUCCAUCAUUUCCUCAUUGAUGACAAAGGGAGUUUUUUGAACUAUGUUUGCGGUUUUGCAAAGCAGGAUCAUCACAAUCCAGGCCCGUUGCCAGGGUCGGACAGGAAGGGACUGUGGAGCAGUCCAGCUCCAACAAAGUCGUGAUUCUGAAGAUACGAUUGGUGGAUUUUUCCCGUCUUUCAAAAACCUGGGCAUCCUGAUGAGGAGGCUUAAGAAAAGUGACUGUAGUUGUGGGUGUGGUUGUUUUGGAAAUAACAAUGCUGUUCCUUCCCUGCAUGCCAGGAAGAUCUGGGGAGGAGAACCUGGCCGCACAUUUAACUCGAUCACAGGGGGGUUUAGAUGCUGGCCUGGUGGGCUUUUGCUGUAUCCACACCCCUCCCACGGCAAAAUUAAACUACAAAUUUAUGUCCCAGAAGCUGAUGCGAGUCAAUAUUUGAGGCUCCUACCGCACAUUAAUGGCUGUGCUCCCGUGUUAUCUGCUGAUACGUGCCAGGUACUGCUUUCAAGCUAAGAUGCAGUGAUGGUUGGUUCCAUGCUCGUUGGGAUUUUGAUGUUUUAGAAACAUCCAUAUUCUUUUUGUUUAGAAAACAAUUUGUUGAUGUUUUAGUUCUGAAUCAAUAAAGGAAGUUAUUUUGUGUGUCA